AUGUCUGUGCCGACAUUGCAGCGAGACACUGCCUUCCAGGUCCGAUCGUUGUUUCGUUCCUUGCUGCGCCAAUCUUACCAGUUCUCCAGCUUCAACUUCCGUGAGUACGCCCGUCGGAGGACGAGGGACGCCUUCCGUGAGCACGAGAAGGAAACGGAGGCAAGGAAGAUCCAGGAGCAGAUUCAGGAUGGCCUGCAGAACCUGCGGAUGAUGAAGAGGCAAACUAUCAUCAGUCAGUUCUACCAGCUCGACAAGCUGGUUGUGGAAGGCCAAAAGACGGGAAAACAAUCCGGCGAGGAAGGUGAUAUUGUCCGCCAGAAGGAUACCGGCUGGGAUUAA